AUGUACCCAUUCAUCUUCAACUGCUCAUUAGAUCAAGCUAAGGGAUCAGUAUAUCAAUGGGGGCAAUUGACGGGAUCUUUGUCGACAAAUAAGCAGAAGCAGCUCACGAGAAACUAUGAUGAAAAGAGCACCACCUGUUUCAUCUAUUUAACAUAUGUGCAGAAUGUUGAUGCAGCGAAUUACUCAAUUUAUGCUCAUUCGGAGCCUGGUUUCAUAUUCGAUGAGACCACCACAAGGUCCAGCUUCUUCUACAAUCGACAGUUAAGCAACAGCAUCAAGGUAAUUUGGGGUGAAUCAACCAUGAUUGAAGCCGAAAGAUUGCUUCUUCAAGCAGCUCUUGAAAAUCCAGCAAACCAGAGAUUUCUUCUCUUAUCAGACAGCUGUGUUCCCUUGUACAAUUUUACCUAUAUUUACAACUAUCUCAUGGGCUCUUCUAAAAGUUUUGUGGACAGCUUUCUUGAUAUGAAAGAAGGUCGCUAUAAUCCUAGGAUGUCUUCUAUUAUACCAAUGAGGAAAUGGCGAAAAGGCUCUCAAUGGAAUGCUUUAAUUCGAAGCCAUGCAAAAGUUUUGUUAGAUUUUGAUGUUUUCUUUCCCGUUUUGAAA